AUGUUCAUUGUUAUCAUUCAUUUUACAUUUCUUUGCCUCCAUCUAUUUUUCUUUCUUUCUUUUUAUCACUUUCUAUGUUUUGUUAUUAUUAAUUUUAUACCCUAUUUUAAUUUUUUUCUUAAAAUUUUGCAUUUCAUUCCUCGCCUUUCUUCGUACUUGCAGCUCACACUUUUGUCUUUGCUUACGUUUUAUUUCUUCAUUUUUGCUUUAUUUUUUAUUGCCAUUUUUUUCGACAUUUCUUCUUUCGUUCUUUUUUCUCUCUUUCGUUCCUUAUUUUUUUUAAUAUCCUUUUUACAUUUCAUUUUUUUUAAUGUUUUCAACUUUAAAUUUCACCUUUUUCUUUCUAUAUCUUUUUUUCGUUACUUUCCUCUUUUCAUUCGUUUUUCUCAUUCUCGAUUCAUAGAUUUUUUUCUCUCUUCUUUUACUCCCGCUAUCUUUAAUUUUAUUCCUCGUCUACCUCUAUUUUUUUUAAAUAUCUCUCAUUGUUUUUCUUAUUUUUCUUUCCUUCUUUCUUUCCUUCCUGUCUCCAUUCUUUCUUUCUUUUAUCAUUGUCCUCACGGUAUAAUCUGA